CCCCUCAGCGGCCAUGGGCCCGGCGGCCGGGGCGGGGGCCCCAGCGGGCAGCGCCGCGCUGGCGCCGAGGCUGGUGGCGGCGGCGCGGGAAGAGCUGGGGGCCGGGGCCGGGCGGCGGCGGCGGCUGCCGGCGGCCCGCGCCCUGCAGCUGGCCGGGGAGGUGCUGGCGGUGGCGGCGGGGCUGAAGCCGGCCUUGCUGUACGACUGCGGCGCGGCCGGGCCGGCCGAGCUGCGGCGGUACCUGUCCCGGCUCGGCCAGGCCGGGCUGGCCCUGCGCCGCCUGCACUUGCUGGGCGCAGAGGGCUCGGCCCUGCUGCUGCACCCGGGGCUGGCCCGGCGGAGGCUGGCGGCCGUGCUGCGCUCCCGCCCCGCUCCCUUCGUGGACGUCUCGGCAGGGCGGCGGCGCCCGGCCCUCUGCGGGCCCGCGGACGCCGAGGCCAUCAGGGGCCACCUCGCCGCCCUCCUGGCCCACCUGGGCGUUGUGGAGGCCGCCAGCAGCGGCCCCUUGUCCUCCAGCGAGGUCGUGCCCACAGGCUGGAACCUCUGCACCGUCGUUGGGGUGCUGCUGGGCUACCCGGCCGCCUACACCUUCAGCGCGGAGGAGGGUGCUGACAACUGCCUGGCGCUGACGCCGCUGAGGGUGUUCACGGUCCAGGCCGCCUGCCCCAGGAUAAGGGACGGUCUCAGGGUCCAGAUCUACUCCUUCAGCGUCCCGGAGAGCCUGUGUGCGGAGCUGCAGGAGGUGCUGGAUGCCUGGCACGGAGAGCUGCAGGCGGCCUUCAGCACUCAGAGUGACUUUGUAGAUCUCAGCGUCUCGAGUGAGGUGGUGACUCUGCCAGCGGUUGCCUUGUAAAACAAAAGCAAACUCGGACUUUUUGGCCCAUUUCUUACUUGCAUCUGGGACUGAAGCGAGAGAGCUGGUUCUUGUACGUGUGGCCCACUGAGGCUUUCUCAAGAGGCCACUGGGCAAUGAAGGCUGAACUGUGAUGAUCUCAGGCUCUGUGUGCAGAUUUACGCCUUUACAGCUGCUCUGCAGCAGCCAUCCAGCCUGUGGAGUGUGCACUGUAAAGUCAGGGUGCAUUUAUUUGCUGUGAACAGAUGAGGGUUAAUAAAAAAUCUGACCAUUGCA